AUGGAUGAGACCACCAAGUCCAGUUUGAAAGCCAUUCCUCUCUGUAAGACGAAAGCCGGUCCAAGAGAUGGUGAUCUAUGGAUGGAGAGGCUAAAGGCAAAAUACGAAGCAAUUAUCGCUGCCGUUCAGAACAACAAGACCAGCGAUAGAGAUUGGUUUAAGCUUGAAGCAAACGAGCGAGGCACGAAAUGGUUCGGAAAGUGCUGGUACUUCCACAAUAUGGUCAAAUACGAGUUCGACGUCGAAUUCGACAUUCCAAUCACCUAUCCCGUCACAGCGCCAGAAAUCGCGUUGCCUGAGUUGGACGGAAAGACUGCAAAGAUGUAUCGUGGUGGAAAGAUCUGUCUCUCGGAACAUUUCAAACCUCUCUGGGCACGUAACACACCAAAGUUCGGAAUCGCUCACGCAUUCGCCCUUGGGCUGGGACCAUGGAUGGCUGUGGAGAUUCCAGAUCUGAUCGAGAAGGGAAUAAUCCAACCAAAAGCUUAA